UUACCACCUGCUUUACCUCGUGAGAUUACUGGAAAUUUAGGUCUGCAAUUGCGACAGAUUUCUAGAUCUAGGUUGUCAACAAAACUGCCCAGCGAUUUGCUGACAGAUUUGAAAGUUGGACCGAGUAGUAGUAGUAGGCCGAAUUACCAGUAGGUAGCCUAGGCCUAAGAUGCUGCGUCAGUUACGGAGGAAAAAAUGAGUACCAAAAAACUCGCAAAAUUUGUUAUGUCUAGACUAGGCCUACCUUCUUCAGAUGAAACUGAAACUGCCACGCCUGCCUCAUCGCUCAAGAAAAGGCUUGAUGAUUCUAAUCUCUCGAGCAGUGUAGGCCUAGGCCCAGUUAUUGACCAUAAGGAUGGCGAUGCAGAUGGUGAAACUGAUCCCCUACCGGGUCAUCAAGGCAAAACUAGCCGCCACCAUAAAGAAACUUCACGACCCCUGAAAUUAGACAUGCCAAACUCAAGAUCAAGACGAAGAUUGCCUGAAGAGAGCGAGUUUGCUAGCACAUCCAGUGAAAAAUUCAUCUUACCUGACUGGUGUUUCUCGGAUUCAACAAAAGUAACAACGGAAAUCAUCAUUGAAAUCUCGGCUCUUAUAGGCAACAGAGUAACAACAAUCGGUGGACUACUAGGCUUUUCGAAGAAUGAAAUUGAAAAAAUUGAACUUGAUCACAAAUCAGAUUUUCGCAGUCAGGCUUAUGAAUUACUACACAUGUGGAUGGAACGGAAUGGUGUGCAUGCAACUAAGAAAAUAUUGGCACAAGUACUUGUCAAAAUUGAAAGGGCAGAGGCAGCAGCACGUCUAUGGCCAGAACAAAAACUUUAUCCCGAAUCACCGGAAGUGCCAAAAAGGUACCACACAUGCCAACUAUACAAUGUUUCGUUGUCAGUUGUUUAUGAUGAUAUCUUCUAUCAAAACACAGAUGCAAUAGUUGUGACGACUUUUGACAGGGAUUUUGGCAUUGUUGGCUUUGGCUUGGGAAUCGGUGCAUUACAGAAUGCUGGAGACCAGGCAAGGAAUGAAUUUUCUGACAAAUUAGCAAUCUUGCGAAGUUCAAGGCAGGAUAAUAACGUCAUAACCACUGAUGGGGGAGAUCUCAAAUGCAAAUAUAUCUUCCACAUUGGCAUCCCAGGAAUUGAUGAUAACAAUAAAUGGCAGUCCAUCCUAACACAGAAUGUCAUCCAUUCACUACAACGAUGUGAAAAGCCUCUCAAUUGUGUGUCUAUUACUAUCCCACUCUUGUACAGCUCCUUCUGGCAUUUUGGCCUUGGGAAAAGUGCCACUAUUGCACAGAUCUGUGCAGACAUCAUUGUCUCAACAGUUCUUGAUUAUUUGGAACACAUGUCCAGUAGAUCAAGUAUAAAAGAAGUAAUAUUUAUUGACAUGAUCAAACAGAAGGCAUUGAGAUUCCAGCAGGCUUUGCAAACUGGAGUCAAAGAAAGAAAAGUGAGAGCAUAUCAAAUGCCAACUCGGUUAAUGUGCGAAUACAUAUAUCCUGACACGAAAGCACGCCUAAUUGUUGCUAGCGGUGACCCAAAGAAACAGCCUGCAGAUAUUCUUGUGAAUCCUUCGGCAAAUUUCACAGUUGCUUAUUCUGGAUUAACUGCAAAAAUCCUUAUUGAAGCUGCUCUGCCAACAGAUGUAAUUCAGAAAGCCUUUGAAAGUCACAAGGGACACCAGCUGAAUCUGGUUAUAACAUCAGCAGGAAAGCUUCCAUUUCAGCAUCUCUACCAUGUGCGAGGAAAUGACGAUGAAGCCACAGAUUACACCCAACAGAGUCUCCAGAUUGAAACCUGUACAAUUGACUGUCUGAUGACAGCUGAAAAAGCUGGAUUAAAAUCAAUUGUACUACCAUUAAUAUACAACCGAUAUACAGAAAUCGGGCAGCGCCAAUGCGCGCUUAUCAUGCUCGAUGCCAUACACCGUUUCAUGAACAAGUUUAAGCGGGAAAGCAUUGAAGAGGUGUAUUUUUAUACUAGAUAUCCAUCCAAUGCUUUAAAGCUUAAGGAGGAGCUUAUUAUUCGUUACGGAGACAGAGUAGUGGAUGUUAAAGGAGGUCAAGUCCCUAUUGAAGUGCUAGCAAGAGGUCUGGAGGCUAAUAAUGCAUUUAUUGAUGCAAUACAAGAGGGCAGCAAACCCAUCUACCAAACACGCCUAAUGCUUGUUGGACCAGAGCGUGUUGGUAAAACCAGUCUCACCAAAGCCCUUACAGAACAAGAAUUUGAUGCUACUGAAGAAGUUACUGAUGGCAUUGAAGCGUCAUUGUCAUGCACACUCAGUGUUAAGCAUACCACCAACUGGAAACCACAACCAAAACCACCUGAAGGGACAAUAAGUGAAGCAAGGCAGCAGUAUCUGAGAGCUGUUGCAGAACAGAUUGCAGUAAAGCUUCUGCAGAAGAAACAUGAAAAACCAGAAUCUCGGCCAUCAAUGAAAAUUGAAAUCCAGACACUUGAAAGUGUAAAAGUACCAGUUGUUACCCAGUCAACAAAAACAUCACCGGAUACGCUUGUGCAAUCACAUGACCAGAGGACAGCAUCUGAAGAUGUACCAGCCUCAGACGAUGAGGUAGAUGCUCCAAAGCGGAGCUCAUCACAAGAUGAUUCAGCUUCACCAACAACACCUGAUGUUCCUGAAGAGGUCGUUCAAAUUGUCUUACAAAUUCUCCAAGAUAAAGAAAGACGGGGAGAAAAUGAAGGGCUGGAGGAGACACUUGAUGACUUGACUCUGAGUAUCUGGGACUUUGCUGGACAGGAUCUCUACUAUAUAACUCACCAGGUGUUCUUAGUAUCCCGUGCUCUCUACAUCAUUUGUUUCAAUCUUUGCAAUGACCUCCACGCACCUGCUAAAGUACAGAUAUAUAAGCGAGAGGAUGGAAAGGUUUCAUUUUUCGAACAUCAUAUGAGCAACUUGGAAUUUAUAAUUUUCUGGUUGCGGUCAAUCUACUCAAAUACCACCGAAAACCCAUCGGUGGCAAACCAGGAGCAGUUCUCACCACCAGUGUUCAUUGCUGGCACACACAGAGAAAGCUUACCAGGAAAUGCGGAAGAGAGACAGGCGCUAGCAGAAGAGAAGUUUGCAGUUAUUAAGAAGGCUUUAAGAGGGACACCAUAUGAGGGCCAUGUAGUGAGCAAGUACUACGCAAUUGACAACAGCCUUAGGUCACCCUUGGAUCAAGCUGUUAUUCACUUGAGGGACCACAUCACCGAGGUCGCUAAGUUAGAGCACUACAUGGGAGAGAGAAUCCCCAUUAAGUGGCUGGACUUCUUGCAUGAGGUUGAGCAGUUGCGCAACAAACAAACGCACUCAAUCAACUUCACAGAGGCAAGUAGCAGUAGGUUGUUUGCUAGUUUCGACAUAUGGUUGAUAUGUAUCUUUAGGAGAGUGAUCACAGUCAAGGAUCCAUCAGAGCAAUGGGCCAAAUUCAGAAGUUCAUGGGCAAGACUUGAUGAAGAAGGACUCCUGGAAGAGAGACUGAUCCGACACAUGUGGCAUGACUUCCUUGCCCAGUUAGAAGGCUUGUUACAGCUGAUGCAGAAGUUUGACUUGCUUUGUGUCAAGGCACAAUCUUCUGAGAUGCCAGCCGUUGUCGGAUCACACGAGGAAGGGAAUCGUCUCUUCUACGUACCAUCCCUGCUAAAGAAGCAAGAAGAUGAGAUGGUGUGCAUGGACCCGCUGAUAAAGUCCAAAUCAGUGGUCAUCCUGUACAUUGACUUCAAUGGGUUUUUGCCUGAAGGUCUCUUCUACCGACUCAUUUUGAGGCUUGUGCAGUGGUCACAGCAUCAGGGAGGCUAUGAACCUAGGCUCUUCUACCAACAGGCCAACCUUUAUGUGGAUGAAGAUCAUGACAUGAUCCUGAGGAUCCUGCCUCAGAAGAGAUCUUGCAUCCAGGUAGCCAUUGUGCGGGCUAAAUCUGUUGGAAGUGAUGAUGAAGAGGAAGAGGAAGAUGAUGUUGAGCCUUGCCCUGAUGUUUGCAAAGUGGUGCUAGCACUUUUGGAGAAUAACCUGCUAAACCUCGGGCAUACCUGGAUGAAACGCAUUGACUUUGGCCUUUGUAUCUUGUGUAGUGCUUGUGACAGGGAGAAGAAUCACUUCCAUGAACUCAAGAAAUGCCUGAAAGCAAAGAGUGUUCCUUGUGGGAACCAUCGGCGGAUGAAGACUAAACGGUUCCAACGCUUGUUUGGGGAAUCCGGAGCAAUGCAAGAAACGCCAAAAUCCCCUGCUGCUCAGGUAAAGCACAAGGUGCCCGUUUUCUUGCGGUCUCUAAGCGGAGUCUUCAAGGAAAUCUCAUCACCUAUCCUGCCAUUUGACCUGAUGACAGAGAUCUGCGUCCUCCUUGACCCGUUGCACCCACUUUCCAAUGAUUGGCGUGGCCUAGCCUCAAAGCUUGGCUAUGAUCGUUAUAUCAACUACCUGUCCAUGAAACUUAGCCCCACCAUGUGCAUACUGAAUGGGUGGUCUGAGAAAGGCUGGUCAGUUGAGGAUCUUAAGGAGUGUAUGAUGGCCAUGAAACGUCAUGAUGUUGUACGCUUGAUUGACAAACAGCUCCCAACCGAAGGUUGAAGAUGGGAGACUCGGCAAUGCAUUGUGCCUUUUCUGUCAGAAGCGUCUGCAUAAAAGUAGAAGAAUAUGUACGCUGCAUCAGGGGUGGCGCCAGCAGGUGGGCUGGCUGGGCGUCGGGGAGCCACAAUAAAAUCUGGCAGAGGAAAAUGAACCAUGAUAAGGCUGAGUUGCAGGCCCUAGGUGUAUGAUUGGUGUGAAAAUUGAAGCUGUGAUCUAACCAUGGUCCAUUUUUGCACACCCAAUACCCCCACAUCUUUAACAAUAGUAGGUGGCCCGAGGUGGGUUGGACUCUGGUCCAUCUGACAGGAAAAAGCUUGAGCCACCCUUGUACUAUACCUGGUGCUGCAAUAAUUGGGUGCUCCUAAAAUAAUAAUAUUCUUUGUGUAUUAUAUGAAUGAUAUUGAAGUCUUUCACAUUCCGUAUGAUGGUGAUAUUAAAUGCAAAAUUGGACAAAUCUUGUAUUUUGACAUGUAAAUUUUGGCAUUACUAUUUUGUACAUACCAACCACUUUCAAGUCUAUAUUUUUACUUUAUUUUGUAUACUAAUCAAUUAAAUGCUUCUGUGACAAAAUAUAAAUAAACUGCAAUUUGUAAUUUUAUAAAAUUAUAUAAUUUUAUAAUAGAAUGUAUAUUUUUAACAUUACUGUGAUCUUAAACUUUUCGUAAGGGCAGGUAACUUAAAAGAAUUUCCUAAUUGCCAACAUGUGUUUGCAAUUAAUCCAAUGAGGAAAUUUGAUCCAACAGAUAUAAAUAUUUUGGGUGCUCUGUAAGAUAUGAUUAUACCUCCAUGAUACGAUACAUCUUUAUUCUCACAACAGUAUACUACAGCUGAGAUAUGGAACCUAAAAUUAGACUCGAAUUAGAAAUAAAUAGAAUUAUGUAAAGUUUGUGAAAACAAACAAUAAACUUCAAUAAAUGUUUACAUAUUAAUGAGAUGGAAUAAAUACUAAAGCCCUGUCCAGACUAUGAAAUUGUAUUUGAUAAAAAUAUGUGACAUGCCUAAAUAUGGUCAUGAUGACAUCACAUCAUGACCAUAUAUAGGCACAUCAUGACUAUAUAUGGGUAUACAUCUGUUUUUGUCAAAGAAAAUUUGAUAGUGUGGACAGAGCUUAAUACUACCAGUAUGACUGCUCCCUGAUGCUACUACAAAGAAAAAUGAGAUGGAAAUUGGAACUGAAUGUUGGUAGUUUAAUUGUUUUGUGGGCUAUUCUCACUGCUACCAAAAGGUCCAUUAUAUUGCUGCUGUCCUUGUCUUUUGGCUGAAUUGAAUUCUUAGAGUUCAUCUUAAUCAAGAGCAACCGCUCAUUGUUGCACGCGUUAAACUGAGGUUACCUCUAUUCAUUGUUUAACGCUUCAUGUGUGCACCUUUCAGACAAGGGUUUUUGUUGAUGUU